CAUUAACAUAUGAAUAUCUCAAGUCAAUGGUAAACAAAGUUCACCAAGCACCAUCCAUAGUUCUGCAGGCCUUUCAUCAAAAGUAGACAAUCAUCAUUAAAAUCAAGAAAAGAGAAGGAACUUGAUCAAAUCUGUUUCUCAAGAUUUUUUGUUAGAUAGCAUCAAGAUUCUUCAUGGGUAAUUGUUGGGGUUCUGCUUCUUCUUCUGUCAAUCAGACCCCUUAUUCUACAGGCCCCAUCAGUUCAGGAGGUAUAUCACAGACAAUUAGCACCACAACAUCUUCAGGAGGCAGCAAUGUCUCUGGGAACAGCCAGUUCUCGGCGUCAAGUGGAGGGUCUGAGGUUUGUCCUAGUGGUCAAAUCCUGCCUACCCCUAAUUUGAGGGUGUUCACUUACGCGGAACUGAAGAUAGCCACCAAGAAUUUCAGAAAUGACACCGUCUUGGGAGAAGGAGGCUUUGGGAAAGUACACAAGGGAUGGCUUGAUGAUAAAGGAGGUUCGUCGAGGGCUGGAAGCGGUUCUGUCAUUGCUGUUAAGAGAUUAAAUUCUGAGAGUAUGCAAGGGUACGAGGAGUGGCAGUCUGAAGUGAACUUUUUAGGACGGCUUUCUCAUCCUAAUCUUGUUAAACUGGUGGGAUACUGCUGGGAGGACAAAGAGCUACUUCUUAUCUAUGAAUUCAUGCAAAAAGGGAGCUUAGAGAACCACCUUUUCGGAAGAGGAUCCUCUGUUCAGCCACUUCCAUGGGGCAUACGUUUAAAGAUUCUGAUUGGAGCUGCUCGAGGUCUGGCAUUCUUACAUGCAGCAGAAAAACAGAUAAUAUAUAGAGACUUCAAAGCCUCAAAUAUAUUACUGGAUGGGUCCUAUAAUGCGAAAUUAUCAGAUUUUGGCUUGGCAAAGAUUGGUCCCUCAGCUAGUAAAUCACAUGUAACAACACGGGUAAUGGGAACAUAUGGCUAUGCUGCUCCAGAGUAUAUGGCCACAGGUCAUUUGUAUGUGAAGAGCGAUGUCUAUGGUUUUGGCGUGGUCUUGGUGGAGAUGCUAACAGGCUUGAGGGCACUAGACACAAAUCGUCCUAGUGCACAACAUAAUCUAGUUGACUGGAUCAAGCCAUAUUUAUCAGAUAAACGUAAACUGAAGAAUAUAAUGGACUCGAGGUUGGAAGGGAAGUAUCCUUCCAGAGGUGUAGUGCUAAUUGCUCAGCUAGCUCUGACCUGCCUUGCAACUGAACAAAAAACCAGGCCAGGAAUGAAACAAGUAGUGGAGAUGCUGGAACGCGUUGAAGCUGUUAACGAAAAACCAAGGCCACCUAGAGUUCAUUCUUCACACCACACAGUUUCAAGAAAUGGACAAAAUUCUGCUACUUACAGGUCUCCUCAUCACACAAGACAAGACGGAAAUCGAGGCUCUCAGCUUCCAUCUAGGUAGUUAGCUUACUUGCGCCAUUAGGCAUUGGCAUUCAGAGCAAGGCAUUGUUAAGAGUAAUGUGUAUAGUGUGAAGAUUCAAUAUAUAUAGAAACUAUUUACACA